AUGAACGCAAACGCGGAGAAAAUUCGGGAUCAAUAUGAACAAAGUGAAGAGGAGGAUUUGUUGGGCGAAGAGAAUUUGUUUCGACCGAUUUUUAAGAAAUAUAAAAAAAGAAGACCGAUGCCUGAUUUUUCAGGGGUUAUUGGUGGGUUUUUUUCUUGUAGAAAAAUUACAAGAAAUCUGAAAUUCCAAAAAAUUCCGUAUUUUUUCCAGAUGUCCGAGAUUCCCAAAAUUUCACCAAAUACGGUGUAAAAUCUCGAUUUUUGUUCGAAAAUUCCGAAAUUUUGGAGCAGGAUCGAACAAUUGCAGAAAAUCUGGGUGAGUUGUUUUUUGCUAUUCAAUUUUUGGCCAAAAAUUGUUCAAUUUCUGAAAAUCCCCAAUUCCCAUUUUUUCCAGGUCUUCGCCCGCUUCCCGAAUGGCGUGUUUGCGAAUUCCCAAAUCGUCCCGGUCUCUAUGUUCUUCCCGCAAUUCUCCUCAAAUCUCACACUCCAAAAUGGUUGGAAAAUUGUCAAAAAUACGCGCGAUCCGGUGAAAAUAAGACGAAUUUAGUGGCACACGGCGGAGAAAUGAAUGAUACAUCAUUGAGAUGGACAACACUGGGAAUUGAAUAUGAUUGGAAUACAAAAGAAUAUCCGGCAGAUGGAAAACGGGUGCCUGAAGAAUUUGUCAGUUUGGCUAAAUUGAUUAGUGGAUCGUUGAAGUUGGGAGAAAUGCGAGCUGAUGCGACUAUUGUUAAUUUUUAUCCACCGAAGACUGCGCUAUCGCCACACGUUGAUAAGUAAGGAUUUUGGGGAUGCAAACAUUUUACUUUGUAUUUUUUCAUUCUAAAAUUUUCGCUUUCACUUUCAAAAUCCAUAUUAUUCUCCUCAAAAUUUAUAUCUUUUUGUAACGUUUUUGUUUGGAAAUCAAAAUCUAUUUUUAAACUUUUCUUGGUCCUUCAAAUUGCCACCUACCCUUUUUCCUCUUUUUUUUUGAAAAAAAAAACUUUAGAAAAAAAAGAGGAUAAUUGUGUUAUUUAGAAAAAACAAAAUGAAUGAGUUCUUCUUGGAAAAUUAUAUUUCAUAAUCUGGUUAUGUUUUUGACGCCAAAAAUCAUGAUGCUACGUGGCAUAUUUCGGCUCCAAAAUUGGAAUCUGAAAAAUUGAAACAUUGAUUUUCAGGGGUUCAUUUUUGUGAUCAAAAAAUUCCGAUUUUUCUUGAAAACUAGAGUUUUUAAUAAUAUUUUUAAUUUUUAAACCAAAUAAACAAAUCUUGAACAUUUUCAGAUCCGAACGAAGCAAUGCCCCAUUAAUUUCUCUAUCCCUCGGACAAACUGCCGUGUAUUUAUCAGGCGGUCUAACAUUAUCCGAAGAGCCAAUUCCAAUCUGGCUUCGAAAUGGCGAUAUUUUGGUGAUGCAUGCUGCACAGCGUUUGGUUUAUCAUGCAAUUCCAUGUGUUGGUGUCAAAUCGCAAGCGACAACUUUUGAAAAAACCGAAUUUCCCGAAACAAAACAGGAGACUUUGGAUUAUUUGAAUUGUAGUCGAGUUAAUAUUACUAUGAGACAAGUUAAUGAAUAUUAA